AAAUACGGCAUUUUAUAUGUACAUAUGUAUAUUGGCAUAAAUAUGUUUUACAUUUGAAUAUUCUAAGCUGUAGCAUACGCACUCAUUAGGGCAUGUGUGUUUGUAUGUUUCACGCAUAAAUGAAAUUCCUUCGGAAAUUUUGUGGUUACACUAAUAACAGAUUGAUUGUUACCAAUAAACAAUAAAUAGUUGGACAAUGGCAGAAUGCUAAUCAACCUUGGUUGCGUUGGUUACCAAAAUGCUUGUAAACCAGUAAACUGAAAAUAUUGAUAAAUCAACAAAAUAAAGGAAAUCUAGAGGAGUAGUACCUGACACAAAUUAAAAACAUAGUACAUAUCUUAUUGCUUAAAUUAAUCAAGUUUAAUAAUUCGGAACAGAAAUUAAAGCUAUUUAAGUGAUGACUACGCGGAUUAGUAGAUCCUAUUUACAUUCCUGCUUAAAAGUGCCCAUUGACCCAUGUAAUAAUUGUCCAGCGCCAAUUUAUAAUCGUCCAAAGAUGUGUCUGGGUCGACUAACAACGACUCCAUUAAGCGGUGCAACAAAAUCGGCCAAAACUAUUGACUUCGAAAAUGUAGACGCAGCAUUGGUUAACAGUGGCAUACGUUCCUUGGCGAAACUAUACGAUAGUAUUCCAGAUUACAAUGACAUCAAUCAUUUACCGAAUAAAGAAUUCUACACUACAUUGGACACCUUGCGAUCUACUUGUUGUGAGUUGCGAACCAAGUCAGCACAAACCUGUAUAGUGGAAGAGAGUCCCUCAACGUCUUCUCUAUCUUCUCACUGUGCCAACAGAAAACGUAUGAGGUCAACCAAAUUGAGAAAGAAUAGACCCUCCACUGUCAGUGUUUGUGGCAAAAGAAAAGCUGGGAAGUGUAAAGUACAAGAGGAAAUUACACGGCCUCAAUAUAGGUUGGGAACUCCUUUUGAUAUUAGCUCCAAAAUAGACUUUGCAAAGAAGAGUGAUGUAAAGAGUUAUAAAAAAGAGUUUUACGAUGAAAUAAAGGCAUUUCAAAAAACAUUGGAAGAUUUCGAAACAGAACUAGAAAAUCGCCAUAUAAACGAUCCCAUAACAGAAUGCAAGCUGAAGAAUGUUAAAAGUGAAAAGUUUGUUAAUAUGGGAAACUAUACCAAAAAAUACACAGAUAAACCCCCAGUUACACCGGAUGUUAGGAGUUUUCGUAAUUUCUGUAAGCAAACCGAUGAAAACGCACGCCCCUGCUCUAAAGCGAGUGUGGGUUUAGGAAAUUUUCUAAAAAAGUCUUUCUCCUUCGAUGACAUCAAUAGAAUAGGAGAUUGCAAGCAACAUGAAAACACAGAAGACAAAAAUCGGUUGGAUAAACCAUCGGAAACGCAAAUUAUCAUAAGUCAUACUCCCUUAAAAUACAGUAGUUAUUUUUCGCAAAAGACAAGCAUUGUAUCACCUGAAAAUGUUCCACCGAAAAUUGUUAUCGAAUCACCAACUGAACAAAGUAAUUCUACGAAGACAACAGGUCGAUCAAGUAGUGGACGAAAAAAGAAGAGCAAGAAUAAAAAGCAAGAAAAAGAUUUUCAAGUACCAUUUACAAUAUUCAAUCUGGAUACAAAAAAGGAAAUUAGAAAGCAUGUCACACCAUCACCUAUACAUCCGGUAGCGCGACCAAAUCUCGCAGCCACCUUAAGAGCUGAGGUAUCCAAAAAGAAAUUGAAAGAACUGAAAAACAAUUGUACUUAUUACGAUGACACACCACAAUUUGAUUGGGAAGUGCGGAAAACGCCAGCCUGGAAAUCCCUAUCUCUCAAUGAAACGCAUAAGGAAAUUCUCUCAAUGCGUUUGGCCACCCGUAAGGCCGAACAGGCAAUGCAAAAACGUGAAUAUGAACUUAAUAUGGAAUUGAUGCGUCAACGUGUGAAGUCGGCACCACUGCUUUUGGAAGGUGCCACAUUUUGGGGUCCUCAUAUUGGAAAAUUAACACAUACUUGUCAACGUGAAGGAGAAAGACACUGCUGCCAAUCGAAGCAACUUAAAUCGCGCAGUAAAAGUGCAGACAGUCGACGUUUAUGCACCCAUGAAGGUAUUGGUAGUCAGUCCAGUCAGAGAAGUAGUAAAUUAAAUUUUCUGCAUAAAACUUAUGGUGGAAGUUCAAAAGUACGCAGACGCAGUUCUACACAAACGCCUAUGAAAAGAAAUACUGAACAAUCUGAUAACAAGCAAAGUGUUGAGCAGCCACCAAUAGUGAAUGAUAGUGGUGAUGAACUGUCUAGUUUGGAUAGAGCGUUCUUGUAG